GCCGACGCGGAUUGGCUAAAGACUAGCAGGCGGGGCUUGGAGGUGGGUUAAAGAGCUCGCUAGCAGUACCGCCACGCGUGCCUGAGAAGGUUCAAUGGCGUGGCAGGGACUGGCGGCCGAAUUCCUUCAGGUGCCGGCGGUGACGCGGGCCUACACCACGGCGUGCGUCCUCACCACGGCCGCGGUGCUGGAGUUCCUCAGCCCCUUCCAGCUCUACUUCAACCCGCACCUCGUGUUCCGGAAGUUCCAGGUCUGGAGGCUCGUCACCAACUUCCUCUUUUUCGGGCCCCUGGGAUUCAGCUUCUUCUUCAACAUGCUCUUCGUGUUCCGCUACUGCCGAAUGCUCGAGGAGGGCUCCUUCCGCGGCCGCACAGCAGACUUUGUCUUCAUGUUUCUCUUCGGGGGCGUUCUUAUGAUCCUGCUGGGGCUCCUGGGCAGCCUCUUCUUCCUGGGGCAGGCCCUCACAGCCAUGCUGGUGUACGUGUGGAGCCGUCGAAGCCCCCGGGUGAGGGUCAACUUCUUUGGCCUCCUCACCUUCCAGGCACCAUUCCUGCCCUGGGCGCUCAUGGGCUUCUCACUGCUGCUGGGCAACUCGAUCCUUGUGGACCUGCUGGGGAUCGCCGUGGGCCACAUCUACUACUUCCUGGAGGAUGUCUUCCCCAACCAGCCUGGAGGCAAGAGGCUGCUGCUGACCCCCAGCUUCCUGAAGCUGCUCCUGGAUGCCCCAGAGGAGGACCCCAAUUACCUGCCUCUCCUGGAGGAACAGCCAGGACCCUUGCAGCAGUGACCCCUCCCAGGGCCAGGGCCACUCGAAUAAACAGAAAGAUCUGCAGCUUCUUCA